GACUUCAACUUUGGGGAGAGAGAGACGCGCAAAAGGCGAUCAAGAUCAACGUUCAUAUUGUGAAUCUGGGGAAACUUUUUUGGUGAAGAUUUUGUAGAAUCAUGAUGGGUUUAUCGAAAGGUAGAUUAAAAGCAUGGUUCAAUAAGAAAAUCACUGAUCCUCUUCUCCAGAUCUUGCGUAGAGGUACUGAGCCAAAGCAGCUUGCUUUCUCUGCCGCACUGGGUAUUACUUUGGGAAUAUUUCCCAUAUGUGGUGUUCCUGUGUUUCUAUGUGCAGUAGCUUUUGCCGUACUCGGAUCUGCUUGUCAUGCUCCUACCGUUAUGUUGGCUAAUAUCAUUGCCACUCCAGUAGAACUCGCUCUGGUGGUGCCUUUCCUAAGACUUGGUGAAAAAGUUACUGGUGGACCUCAUUUUCCUUUGACAUCAGAUGCUCUAAAGAAGGUUUUCACUGGUCAAGCAUCUCAGGAAGUAUUUUUAAGCAUUGGUAACGCGUUACUAGGGUGGCUCGUAGCAACUCCAUUUGUCUUCAUUUCGCUAUACGUUGUCUUACUGCCAUGUUUCAAAGUUCUUGUCCGCAAGUUCGGCGCUGUUUCUUCGGCCCCAAAGACACCUUCAAGUAUGGAGACAGAGAUGAACCCAAAGCCAAGAGAUGCUUAAAUUCAACAAGAGUUAGAAACCUCACUGUUAUUUAUUAUCAAUACGAAGCCCUUAAAUUGUAACAUCAAGUUGCCUAGACUAAUGGAUAGAGUAUACACACUUGCAUUGUCAAAUCCUCAACACUCUGUUUGUAAACUCUUUUGGAAAUGUCAGUAACCAAAAAAUAUUGAACGCCUAAA